AUGAAGCCAGGAAAGGUGCCUCCCAAGGCCCUGGAGGUCAGCAGCCCGGCUGCGCUGGGUUUGCCAAGCCAAGCGCCCUUUCUCUCCCCUCAGGCUCAGCUGGCCCAGGCCGGGGCCGAUGCGGAGAGGCAGAUGGGCUGUAGCUGGACUGGCCCGGAGCUGGCUUCCUGGCCAGAAAAGCCUCAGCCAACCUCUGAAAACAUGCCCUCUCUGGGCAAAGGAGAGGGCGGGGUGGGGGUGGGGUCCAUUAAGGGGGUUUUCCCAGCGGGAGCAGUCUGGCCCUGCCCCCGCCCCUACCCCUCGCUAUACCCUUUGCUCUCAGCACUUUCCCCUGGCCUUGUUCUCGUUACUUGCUUGAAAGUGGGUUCUGGCUGCCCGCCAGUCCCUGGACAGACUCCCCCGACACUCUAA